GCACCCAGCGCAUCUCGGUCGGCACAAUGCUUUUUUAUGCUAAUCAAACACACAUGUCACUUCCGCCCUUUUUCACACGCCAUUUUGGAUAGUAUAGGUGCUGGACCGGGUCGUAUUGUUUAAGUGGAUUUCAGAUUGCGUUAAUUGCAGUCAAUUACAUCGUCAUCGCGCGUCUUGUAGACUGUGCAUCAUCGCAAACGCAGCGCGCGCUCGGCGGUUCGCGCUCUUAAUCCCUCCAGGACACCCGUAGACACGCACAGGCACUGUUUAGAUGAGUUGCAGCAGCUCUUUCCCGGCAGACAGGCAGCUCUGGGUCGGCCCGUAACAGAAGUCGAGCUCCCUCUUUCGGCGUGGUGUGUUCGCCCGUGAAGCGGAGGACUGGUCGCUCGGUUCGGGAGGCGGGAAAGCGACAUUACCGGCUGCGGUUUGCGGGAGCGCGGGACAGGUGGAAGAAUGUUUCAACUCCCAGUGAACAACCUCAGCAGUCUAAGAAAAGCUAGGAAAAAUGUGAAAAAGGUGCUGGGUGACAUUGGCUUGGAGUUUUGCAAGGAACAUGUUGAUGACUACAAGGAUUUUGUUCCCAAUGAGUUCUACCUUAAGAACACGACAUGGGACGAUGUCUGCAUGUGGGAUCCCUCUAUGACCAAAUCACAAGAUUACCGCUCAAAACCGUUCUGUUGCUCAGGAUGUACAUUCUCCUCUAAGUUUUUCUCAGCCUACAAGAGUCACUUUCGCAAUGUGCACAGUGAGGACUUCGAAAACCGUAUUCUCUUGAACUGCCCUUAUUGCACUUACAAUGGGAACAAAAAGACUUUGGAGACACACAUCAGAUUGUUUCAUAUGCCAAAUGUUGUGCGUCAGAAUCCUGGAGGACUUCAUGGGGCAGGGGUUGGUUUGAAAGAUGGUGCUCGUCUGGAAAAGACACGUGAUAAUAUAGAACAAGCAGUGUACUACUGCAAGAAAUGCACUUACCGGGACCCACUGUAUAAUGUGGUACGAAAGCAUAUCUACCGGGAACAUUUCCAACAUGUUGCGGCACCAUACUUGGUGAGGCCUGGCGAGAAGACAACAACACCAAAUGGGACAACGGCAGGUUCUGGUACAGGGAGCACUACUGAUGGUGGUGGUGCCAACAGUAUGAGCACAGCCAUCCACUGUAAACGGUGCCUCUUUGUUCCCCGUACCUAUGAAGCCCUUGUCCAACAUGUCAUUGAGGACCAUGAGCGCAUUGGUUAUCAAGUAACUGCCAUGAUUGGACACACUAAUGUAGUGGUACCUCGGGCAAAGCCUGUUAUUAUGGUGUCACCAAAAUCUCAGAGCGACAAAGCUAUCGUUGGUGUAAUGCCAAAGGGCACGGUAGUGACUGGGGUAAGGCCUUUAUCCACUCAGCAGUUAAGUCGAAUUGUCAUUCCUAAAGGGAGUUUGAACUCUAGUGGGCUCCUGUCAGGGGUUCACCUAAAACAGGGGGUAUUUGGUUUGAAACCAGGGACUACACAAUUUUUGACUAUUGGAGGACAACAAGUGCAGCUCUCAAUCCCACAACAGACUCAAACAAGCAAACCACAGCUUUCUGCUAGUCUCCGCAGCUCAGUUUCUGCAUCUGCAUCAACAUCCAUACUAAAAAUUCCACAAUUGAACUCUCGAGUUCAGGCAGCAGCUACUACUGUGUCAGCCGUUACCUCCAAGAAGGGCAACUCUGUCAUCGGCACAUCAUACACUCAGAAAUGGAAGAUCUGCACUAUCUGCAAUGAACUUUUUCCAGAAAAUGUGUAUAGUUCACAUUUUGAAAAGGAGCACAAAGCAGAAAAGGUACCAGCAGUGGCCAAUUACAUCAUGAAAAUUCACAACUUUACCAGUAAAUGCUUAUACUGCAACCGUUACCUACCUAGUGACACACUUCUGAACCAUAUGUUGAUACAUGGCCUAUCUUGCCCACACUGCAGAGCCACAUUCAAUGAUGUGGAAAAAAUGGUGACGCACAUGCGAGGGGUGCAUCCCAAUGAAUCUGUUGGGCCACGGACAGACUCCCCCCUUACUUUUGACCUCACACUUCAGCAAGGAAAUCCCAAGAAUGUCCAGCUGAUUGUCACCACAUAUAACAUGCGGGAUGCUCCAGAAGAAUCCGUAGCAUUCCAUGCCCAAAAUAAUGCUUUACCACCAUCAUUGCAGGGGAAUAAACAGGUUACACCACCAAUCCCAAAGAUACCCUCAGAUGCCUCAGGCGCUAUGCCCGUCAAGGCUACACCGCAAGCUGCUGUACCCUAUAAGAAGGAUAUAGGAAAAACACUUUGCCCUCUAUGCUUCUCAAUUCUUAAGGGACCCAUUUCAGAUUCUCUAGCUCACCACUUGCGUGACCGCCAUCAAGUUAUUCAAACGGUUCAUCCUGUGGAAAAGAAGUUGACCUACAAGUGCAUCCAUUGCCUUGGUGUCUACACUAGUAACAUGACAGCUUCCACAAUUACGUUGCAUCUAGUGCACUGUCGUGGUGUCAGCAAAACUCAAAACGGCCGCCCUGCUCCCUCUGCAAGAGUUGUACAGGCUCAGGGGGCUGGUCUCAAACGGGCAGGUUUAGCAAACUUUGACCAAACUGAACCAAAGAGAAAGAAAACUGAUGAUCAGACCGGGCAGAGCCCACCACCUUCAACUGAGAAACAAGAGGAGCCGGUAGUCUUUGCCUUGAAUCCGAAGGGCUAUGAGAAUGAGUCCUACGAGACCCGAAAAGCUUUCCUCACUCAGUACUUCAACAAGCAGCCUUAUCCCACUCACCGUGAGGUGGAGAAGCUUGCGUCCAGCCUCUGGCUUUGGAAGUCUGACAUUGCGAGCCACUUUUCAAAUCGGAGGAGAAGAUGUUUGCUGAAUUGCGAAACUUUAAACACUCGGGUCCUGAUGGGAUUUAAAAUGGAAGACAUUUUAGACUUAGAUCAUCCCAUGAACUUUGACUCAAAAUGCUAUUUCCAGAAUCAUAAACAUGAUCAUAAAAGACGAACUACUCGAUUUCGCAUAGGUCGAUCUGCCAAUGCUAUUCGCUUACGACAAAAAGCUACAAACAAUGGUGACCUGCAGCAGAAGCAUGAAAUGCUACCAAGGGUUUCCGGCAAAGCUUUGCUCUACUCAAAUGGUCAAAAUGAUACCAUAGGCAGCAACUGCUUUGAUUCAAUGAAAAGCACCUUAAAACCUGGAGCUCUUGUCAAUUCUGAACCAAUUGCUGUAGACUCAGACAGUGAUAAUGAGGGGAAUGUGCAGGAUGCUAGUUUAACGGCUCAAUCACUUAGCCACGAUGAACCAGAGACAAAUGAUAAAGUUGAAGGAAGCGAUUCUGAUGUCAGGGAGAAUGCCCACAGCGAAAACGGUUAUGGGUCAACAGACUUGUCAAAUGAAACAAGCCAGCAAGAUGAUGAAUGCCAGUUAGGUAUUACAAACAAGCUUGAACAAUCAGAGACUCAGUUAACCAAGCAACAGGUCUGAUUUCUGGACAGGGUUAAUAAAGUGCACACGUAUACUUUUGCGUUACAUUUGUCGUACACCAACAGUGCUGCCUCAUUGAAUUUCUGGACCUUGGUUACAGAUGGUAGCUAUAAGGAUCUGCUUUUAUCUCAACUCUGAAAGCCAUUUGAGAAAGGCAAAAAAGGUCAUAUUUUACACUUUGAAAUAAACGCAAAUUUUGUUCAUGAAUUUGGGAGCAACUUUUUCUCAGGAUGGAAAAAGAAAACGCUCAACAUUUAUCAAAGAGAUACAUGAUUUGCCUUCAGUUUGUGUUUCUUUAACAACCAGAGACUUUUCAUGUCCGUUUAGCCGCUAUUGUGGCAAAAGGAGGGUUUAUUAGAACCAACUUGUGUUCUUGAAUUUUAUGUUAUCAUAUAGUAUUGGUAGUGUAUAUUUGUACAGUCUUUUAGAUAUGUCUAAGGAGAUGUGUAGGUGUACUCACUGAUUAAAACAAAAACGAUUUUGCUAUACUUUCCGUGCUCACGCUUAAUGCUCCUAUGUUCUACAUUGGUUCACAUAGACAAUGGAUGUGGCUUUGGUGGCUGUUUUUCCUGUUUACUUUUAUUAACCAAACUAUAGCAUUUUGAUAAAAAAUAUACUGAACUUUAAACAAUGCAAAAUAAAGAACAUUCUCUUGCUUUUAUUUUGCCUGUUUAUAAUUGAAGGCAUCUUUUGUUUUGUUUAUUUAUUUAUAUAUAUAAAAUUUGCCAUCCCGUAACUUGUUUUGCAUCCAGAGCAGCUUUCCAUACAUCCACAUCUGCCCUAACGUAAAAGAAUACGGCAGUUAAAUUGACCACUGUAGCAUUGUGCUAAUUAGACCUGCCUGUGUUUGGUUCAGCCUCAGCUGUUACAUGACUUUUGUUUUUCUAGCUGGACUCCUGUUGUGACCAGGGGUCCAGAAUGAGCAUCUCUGUUAAGUCUAGCUUUCUGUAUGUUUAAAUUUGUGACCUCCACUUCUGUUGUCUGUGGUUUUUGUUUAGUUUGUCACUUUUGUUUCUAUUUUUCUUUGUCACUGCAAGCAUUUCUGAACAAUAAAGUGCUGUUUUGUCCUUCUCACAAUGCUUUUAA